UACCCUGUAUACCAUUCAGUCCACGACACGUACAAAUGGCUCCAAGGCUUGAUCGAUCCCGACUUCAAAUUCCACCUAACGACGGCAAGAGUUGCCUCGAGACUUCUCAUGUAUAUGGCCGACAGUUUUGUGUUACCAGUCGAUGUAACCCAGUAUGGAAUAUCUCUAGACAGGUCUCUUCAAACAUUGAGGAAAAAAUAUGGAGAAGAACUUGAAAAGAAUGUUAGUUUGGAUUAUAUUGGGGCGGCAAUUGCAAAAUUCAAAGAGGAAACAAAAAUAUUCCAGGCGGAAAAAGACGAAGCUUUCGAAAAAAAAGACGACAUCAAACUACGGGACCUCAAUGACCGUAUGGUCAACGUUGAGAAAGCCUUCAUCACUGCCCCAGGCUUGCCUAAUCGACCAACAACAAGGCACGUUAUAUUUGCACCUUCCGUCAACGACGAUUAUGCAACAACUAGUUUUCCGGGAAUCUCUGAUCUAAUGUUUAAGAAGAAUAAAACGGAGCAGGAUUGGCUGGAUAUCAAGGAACAGGCGUCCGUUUUGUUCAAAGCGAUUUCGAGUGCAACGGAUACGCUGAAAGCUCAUAAGAACUGAAUAAGACAGGAAGUGUUAAGCAAAAAUACUUUUUUCUUCCCAAAGAUAUGUAGAGUAUAUGUUUUAGCAAACAUUAUCAAAGGUACCAAUAUAACCUCAGUAUGCGCUAUAGACUAAUUUUAGACUUGGAGAACAAGACGAAAUAUGUUACCAUAGCAAAACGAGCAUGCAUGAUACUGAAAUAAGUAGAAUUUCAAAGUUUAGUUGCGAAAUUUUGUAAAAUGCGGGAAAUAUAGCUAUUCGAAGUUGGCAAAUGUUGUAGACUUAGUAGUUACACAUUUUCGGUCGUAAUACACAAUUAUACAAAAUAUGAAAAAAAUGGUGGAGGAAUAUAAACAUCCAUUGGAAAAAACCACUAAGGAAUCACAAAAAUAU